UAAAUUUCAUCCUACUCACCCUAUAAAUUUGGUUUAACUCAUUUUAUAUAUCAGCCAUCUUGAAAGAAAAAGAUGAUAAAAUCAUUGAAUUAAAAUUACAAUUGGAUCAAAUUAGACAAGAUUUACAAACUACAAGACAUAAAAGUCGUUUAAUGGAAAAUGAACGUCAUCAAUUUGAAUUAAAUAUAAAAGAAAAAUAUUUAAAAGAAAAGAAUCAAGUUGAAUUAGAAUUCAAAUUAUUAAAGGAAUCCCAUAUUGAAAAGAUUCAAAGUCUUUCAAUCACAGUAAACCAGUUAUCAAAUAAAAUUUUAUCACUUGAAAAUCAAUUAAAGGAACAGAAUAUCGUUGAAAAUAAUCAAGAAUUGACUCAUGAAGAGACAUUAAUGUUAUUGAUUUCUAAACCUGAAUAUCAACAAGAAGCUCAAUUUGUAAAGGACGCAUAUACUAAAAUUAAUUCUAAUCAAUCUCAAUAUCCUUUAAUAUGGUCCAAUAUUCAAAAUACUGUGAAAGCUAUUAAUCAUGAAAUCAAUCAUUUUCAUGCUUGGAAAUCAAUACCUAUAGCUGAUUUAACUAGAUUAUUAAAAGAAGAUCAAAAACAGCAACAUCAUACAACAAUGAAGUCUUUAUUAUUUGGUAAAAUAAAAAGGUCCCAAUAAUAAUCAUAAUUCGAUAUUUGUGGUUUUUUCUUUCUUU